UCGAUCUACUGUUUACUGGACAUUGGGGUACAUGUAUGCUACCGCUUUACCUUAGAGAACACACACACACACACACACACACACACACACACACACACACACACACACACACACACGCUGCACUUUCCAGAUUUAUUUUCAUGCGGAAUGACUACUCCUUGCAUAUCAGCCUACGUAGACGCAAUAGAAAGGGGAUGUCUUGUGUAACGUAUGUGUGCCCUGAUUUAGACCCAAACUCCUCCCCCCCCCCCCCCUAAGUAUGCAGUCGCGAUUGGGCUUAACCAUCCCACAUUAAACGGAUGCAUGCCGUCCAUAUCAGGGCAUGUCUUCUUGGUCCCUCGAUAGUGGCCUCCGGAGGAGGAGGUGGUGUGAACGGCUGUGACUUGAUGCAGCUGUUAUAAAGAGAAAAAAAAAACGACACGUGUAUAAUGCAGCCGUGACGUGAAUGUUAUCUGCUUGUAAUGCCAUGCCGCUUAAGAAGCAAUACGACGGGGGGAAAAAACACACUUUUCUUUUUAUAUGCGAUCAUAUUUGAUUGUAAUUGAUUUACUACUGAUUUGAAUCCUACUUUUUGUUAUCAAGUGUUAUUUUUGUUUGCAUCAGUUGUAUUGAGAGAAGUGAUAAGCCUAUUUUUCUUAUUAUUCUUUAAUAAGCUACCUUAAUGCCUUAUUUAAUUCUUAAAAUCCGCCCAACACACAAUUUAUGAAGAUUAUGUAUGUGAGAUCUCAGUAUUGAAAUCGUAAAAUGUUCAUUGUGAACGUUUUAUUCAUCUGCGUGUCAGUCUGCCAAUAAAUGUUAUUUUGCUGGGUUGUUUUGAAAUUCGAGUGUGUUGACAUGAACUGACAUGCACAGCUGCUGUGUAGAAAUACAAUAUGGAAUGCUUUUAAAGUUGAACAGAAGAACCCUAGCCAAACACAGUUCAUGGAAAAACACAUUAUGAUCUGAUGUGUCAACCCAAUUGGUUUAUUGUACUGGAAAUAAUCACUAUAUAAGGUGGCCUCACACUGAGGGGGGAACUAGUAUGACGUCGUUUGCGUGUUUAUGGGAAGCAGGCCAACGCUACAAAUAGUUAUGUGUGCUGGCUAGCCACUGUGGUGUCACUGUAGACCACUGCAAGGCGACUCACCGUCCAGUAAUUUAACUGAACGUCAUUUGACAUCGGUUUACCGGAAAGCUUGAACCCAGUCCAGAGUAUUUAAGAGCGGCAAGAGCCGGAGCUCACAAAACGCAAGAAGCAUCCACGUAGCGGGAUAUACAAUAAACCACAAUGGGACAACACGGAUCGAAGUCAUCUAUGGAGGAGCGAAUGUUGAUCCAAAGCCUCGGCUCUAUAGACGAGCAGCGGGUUUAUUUAAAUGAAGAUACCCACGAUGUCAAGACACACUGCUUAUUUUCUUGCACUCUUCAGAUGAGGGGUAGGCCUUGGGACAUUCAAGAUCGGGAGGGCAGAAGAAAGCACUCCCCGUGGCAGCACAGACACUCUAACACCAGCGGCCUGGUGUAUGUGGUGGAUAACCCGACUGGUGGCGUGUGGGUCAAACCAAAGGAGAGAUGGAACAGAUAUUGACAUUUGAAGUGAGCCUUUUACUGCAAGGUCUUAUUUAUUUACUCUCGACGUCGGAGGUACUAUGCCUGAAGCAAAUGUAAAAGCUGGAAGGACACGAGUACGAGGAUCCACGUGCACGGCGUCGAGAUGUGGACCUCGUCCACCUCGCCUUGGCGGGCUCUAAUGGGAAAAGCGCCUGACGAUCACCGAAGUGGUCUCCUCCGAGUGGACGGCGAAACGUAUUUUGGGUCUUCCACCGAUGAGACUCGAAACGAACUGGACACGAAGGGUUCAAGAAGUGACAAGCUACCACAACGGGCUGUUUGUGCGCUCUGAAAGGAGACGAAAACAAGUUUUUUUUGGUGACCUUUAGUCCCUGUCCUGGCCCUAGGUGAUGUGGUUCAGCCCAUACAGGACCAACGAUCCCAGCGAUUAUUACAUGGAUUAAUGGAAAGAAAUUCAUUUAUUUAAUAAUAUUAUUCAUACAUGCAUUUAUUUAUUUAUUUAUUUAUUUAUUUAUUUAUUGGAGGGCCUAAUGGUGAACUCAAACCGCUAGUUCGUCUUCAAUAGGCCCACUAUUUAAAACGUUUUUUUGAUGCUAAUACAAUGAUAUGUCUUUCAAUUUAUCUAACCUUAUGGGUGAUUUUUAAAUUUAAUUUAAUUGAUUUGAUAGUUAAACGUGAUGACGUUAUGUGUGCAAAUUAAAUAUUGCAUUAUAGCAGCCUACUGGUAAUGAUCAGGGUUUACCCCAUGUCAUGGUCCGUCUAUGAUGCCUUAAUCAUUUAUGCAAAACGAGAGCUCUCCCUUGCGGAAAGGAGACGCAAUAGCACUUCGUCAUAACAAGCUGGUAACAUGGUUUCGAUUUAGACAUUCUUGUGCUGAAACGGGAAUACAUGCAGAGGCGUGACAAAAGGAUUCUAAUUUUUACGAUGAUAAAUAGCCACUACUAAUACAUCUAGUCACCUCUAGAAACAUGGAUUCAUAUAAAAAAAAUCCUCAAAGUAGUGGCGAUAUAAGAACCAAUGUCAUUAACUGAAUUGUAUGUCUGAGCAUAGAACCCCCCCCCCCCCCCCCCCAUACACACAGCCCACGCACACAUUAUGCAAUAAUCCACCUGGGACUUUGCAACCACGAUAAUGAUUGACAAGCCUUUCCGGCAUCACAGAGGAGGAGAGCAGGAAGUUGAUCACACAUAUCCCUUCACAAUACGAUCCUUUGCUUCUGGACAUUAAUCAGUUAUAGGCCCAGAGCAAGGUUUAUGGUCUCUGUUUAACAGGCUUAUCGAGUAACUAUGGGAAACGCACUGAGUAAACAGCGUGAAGUCACACGGAAUUACUUCACACGGUCGUCACGGCUAUUGCCUUGCGGUUCUUCAGAUUGACUUUUAUUUCGUUAUUGAAGAUGGGACAACGGGUGUCUCAACCGGAGGUGCGUGUUCUCAUUCUGGGUCUGGACAAUGCGGGCAAAUCGAGCCUGCUUUACAAAUACAAACAGAACAAGCGCGUCGCCACAGAACCCACCAUAGGAUUUAAUGUCGAAAUGUUGGAGGAGAAAAGAGGCAAGAAAAACAUAACGUUGACGGUGUGGGACGUCGGCGGCCAGAGGAACAUGCGCCAACACUGGGCGAGUUUCCACCAGGACGCGGCGGCGGUCGUGUUCGUCGUGGACAGCUCCGACCUGGACCGGCUUGCGGAGGCCCGCCGAGAGCUAGAGCACACGCUGAAGAGCGAGCAUCUGACCGGCAUCCCGGUGGUGGUGCUCGCCAACAAACAAGACGUAUCCGGCGCGCAGACUGUCACGGAGUUAACGGAGCGUUUCAACUUCUCGAAGAUGUGUUCCGAUCGGGAUUGGUUCAUCCAGCCUUGUUCGGCCGCGACGGGCUUCGGGCUUGAGGAGGGCUUCAGACGCGUGGCUCAGCUGCUCAAGCUGCCCUCGGAUCCUGUGAAAAUCAAAGAGAAUAUCAAAGACACGGUGCACUAUAUCCGCGCAAAGUCCACCCGGCAUCGGUAGGCUGACUUGAGGCCUAUAGCCUAUGCCAGAGGAUCUGUUUUAUUUGAACUGCCGAUUGGAUAAACAAUUAAGCACAAUGAGAGCCCUGAGUAAAAUAUUUUAAAAUCAAUUUCUUAAUUUAACUCAAACAACGUGCGUAAAAUCCAUACGCCGCCAUUCAGGCAACGCGCGCCUGAAAUGAGGCUUUGCUUUGUUUCUGCAAUUUACAGAUUGGACCCAUUACCCAUUUCAAAUGUGGUCAUUUUCAAAACGGGAAAUAAUGGAAAUUAACACUCAUCAUACAACACAUGACUACAAACUAUGGAAGUUGUAUUCGCGGGUGCAAUAAAGAUAAGCACAAUGACACGAGUUGUUUCUUCAUGUCUAUGCGCUCUCCGGCCUCGUACUACCUGGUGUGUGGUCUCCACAUGACUCACAAGGCUGCUAUCCAGCAGAGACUCCUCAUACGUCGGAAGUCGUUUGCAAAUGCAUUCUUCGUAGGUGGGCAACGACGCCGGUGGGGCUGCGUCGGACUCACUACUGCUGCCUGGGGCCACGAUUAGUGGCUCCCGCGACACGGUGGGCGUCGGGUGGCCGCUGGGGCUCUGGGACGCGGCAAGAUGCUCCGUGUCGUGAAUCCGCCUCCUGGUUUUGGAGCAGAUCAACCUCUGGAUCGAAUAGCCCAUGGCGAACAGAAGCAACAAAAGAAGAAUCCCAGAAAGUUUGCGCGUAAUCAUGGCGAUAUUGUAGUAAGUCGGGUCGACUAUUGGCUUGCAACACGUUACGUUACCCUGCCCGGGCGGACAGCAGAUCUGGUCGUCCGAACAAAUAUCCGGUCCACAUCUUCUGAUGGAAUAAACAGUGUUCAAUAAUAUAAAUAAAACUGUCCAAAAUGCUGGUAUUCGCUGUUGUGUGAUCCCCGCCAUUCUUUUGUAGUAAAAACCAGCCUGUAACGCACAGGCGGUGGUGCCUUUGGUUGGAACCCAGUGGUAGGCCUAUAUUAUCUACAGCGGAAAAGAGUGCGAGCAUAUACGCUCAUCAAAUAUUCAUCCAUGCGAGACCGCUUACUCAGGCCUCUUAAUAUCUUGGAUACCGAACAUAGAGCCAUAAUCAAGAUGCCGGUAAAACGAGGCACCAGUCUCCGGUCCCCCUGGUCCACUCUCCUGUGCGUGUGGCCCAUUAAGUUAUUUAAUGGAAGCAUUGGUUCCAUAGUGUCUCAUUCCCACCCAAGCUACAUAAUUUGAGACAGAAGCAAACAAGCGUCACAGAGCAAAGCUUAUGUGUGAAACAAACAAAAAUAUGCAAUACUCGUGAGAGGGGUGCGUGAAAAAUUUAGUGAAGAUGACGACAUAAUUAGCAAAACUAAGCCCUCGCUUAAUCGAGGUGUAGGUUAUGCUUUUACCCAACAACUGCAUGCGAAAGCAUGAUAUAAAGCCAAAAGCACAGUCAAUUCUGUAGUUUGGCACAAUUCUAACCAGUGGUAGAAAAGUAUGACUAAAUGAGGCAACCGAGAAAAUGAAUGAAGCAUCAUGUAUUAGCCAACAAGCAUCAUAAUAACUGACAGUAACAUUUUUCCUUCUCUGAAUAAGCCUUAAUGUUUUUAGCAGCCAUUUUAUCGUCCAGCAACCCACAAAAGACAUUCAUUCCCGUAAACGGAAGAGUUCCCCCUAAUGCCAUUCACUCCCAUUAACUGAUUAGCUCCCUUAAAGUGCCACUUAUAGCAUCAAAAUGAACCCUGGCCACAUGACUUGCCUCAAUCACAUUGCAGAAUAAGGGAAUCCAAAGAACUUCAGUUUCAACACCAAAGAUCAGAAUCAUAUUUUUGUGUAUUGUACAUCAAUUAGGUAAAGCCUACAUGAUGUUUCAGAUAAACAGCAAGGACCAUUCAAUGAUCAUCAGGAGCAUGAAUACAAUGACGAUCUACAUCCACACUAAUCAAUCUGGUCCCAGACAACAAGUUCACAUUCAAACUUGUCUGGCAAAUAAGAAUUGCAUUGGGUGGGAGCAUGACAUAACAAAUUGCAUCUGACAAAUAAAAAGAUGAAUAUUGCAUGGGAUGAGUAGUCAGUAGGAUGAGUAGCUCAUCAAUCUCUCAUGACAAAAAAAUACUGAACACAUCGAUCCGUGCAAAGUGCACAAAUUCAACUGGUUGUCUGCGUGUUGAAAGAAAUGGGGAUGCACAAAAUUAUUUGUCAAACUGAACAUUUAAUAACCAAAACUACUACCGCCAUCUGUGAUAAAAGGAUUAUUGGCCAAAGUUAGUCCUUCAAGCGAAUUAAUUAAUAAAAUUACUUAAAAACUAAAAUAAACAUAAUUU